AGCGGAUGGUGUCCCUGUCGUCGGAGACGACUGACGCGGCGCUCGUACGUACCGUGGCGGGCGUGCUCGCAGAGACGGGCCCCGCCCGCACCGCGGCCCUCAAGCUCCGCCUGAGAGAGCGCGGCCGCCCCAUCCCCGGCCUGCUGAGGCUCCUCCGCCGGCACAGCACGACGUUCUCGGUGGAGCGGGGGGUGGUUUCUCUGUGCGACGCUGGCGUGCGCGUGGCGCGGCUGGCUGACGCUGCCCCGCCGCUAAUGCGGCUGCAGAAGCUGGCCCUCAGCGACCGCAUGGGUGGCGGCGCGCUACCGCCGCCGUCUGCCGUUCGCGAGGUGAUCCUCGUCGACAUGGACAACAAGGCGUUCAUGCUCGAGGCCUGCGCCGCCUAUGCAGCACGCGAUGGGUUCGACGCGUGCGGGACGCUCGUGCUCGGCUUCUGUGCCACCACGCACAACCCACGUCUAUCUGCCGCCGCAGCAGGCGAGCUGACGGCUCUCUCCGAUGCCGGCUGGCUCCGGCUGCUCACGCCGGUGCGGGAUACGGCCAACGCCGCGGACUUUGUCCUUGCCUUUUGGGUCGGCUGGCUGCACGGGCAGCUUCCACCUGGCGCGAGGUUCGCCCUCCUCUCGACCGACAUUCAUUUGGAUGCGACCGUCAUCGACUUGCUAUGCUCCCAAGGCCGCGACGCCGUCUCGAAUCCCGAUUGGCUGAGGCCGUCGUUGUAGCGACCAUGGUCCAUGGGGCGGGCUAGGGGGCGGGUCCCCG